UGCGCAUGUCGACACAUUGUGCGAAUCGGAUCUUAUCAAGAUGGCUGCUCAGUUUCGUACAAAUUUGUGGGAUCCAGUUUUGAUUAUCAGUCAAAUUAUUGCCUCACAGUGUACUUAUUAUGUUGGUCUUGGAGUAUGGAUAUUGAUUUUUGAUUUCUGGAUGGGAUCCGUUCAUUCUUUGUAUCAGAUAUUUUCUGACAAGGCUGUCGAUUAUUCUUCUACUUCAGGAAGACUUGGUUCUAUUGCAUUUAUCCUCAAUUCUCUGUGGAGUGCUUUUGGUCUUUGGUACAUUGUUGGUCGUGCAAAGCAGUGUUUAGACUUUGCUGGCACAACACUAUUGAUUCAUUUCAUAUUUUGUACCUUAUAUCUUCAUCAUAUUCCUGGUAAAUGGACUUGGUGGAUAGUCAACAUUGUCUGUCUAGCAAUUACAUCUGUCUUAGCAGAGUUUUUAUGUAUGAGGACAGAAAUGAAAGCCAUUCCAAUAACCACUACGUCAGGUGGAAAGUCCAAUAUUUGAUUGUCUUUCAAUUAUAUGUGAAUUGUGAAGUUGGAAAGUCAAUGUAAUUUGUAAAUAAUGAAUUUAAGCAUUUCUAUCUAUUGGUAAAUGGAAAAAUAAAUUUAUUUGGUAAAAUUUUUACUUCAUGCUGGCUAAAAUAGAUUUUGAUAAUGUACAGUUUUAUUGGUAAAAUGUAUUUAUAGAGAGAUUGUAAAUAUAGUUCUAUGCAAUGUUGAUGUACAUAAACAGUAUACUGGAUGAAAAUGGUAAAGAAAAAAGCUACACCUUUAUUAAAAAAUAAAAAGUUUAUUUUGAAUAAAUGACCUUGGAGUCAACAUGACUAAUAA